AUGGCUAUUUCUAAUCCAGUUAUAGAUACCUCCCUGGUGGGGAUGGGGGUUUUUGGGCAAAUGCAUGGUCACCGUGACACUGGAGACGAUGCUGCAGGUUAUACCUGCAUGAUGUCCAACACCAAUGUCCCAGAAGGUGGUGGAACUGAAAUGGGGAGAUUCUUCGUUCUGAACAAUCUCAUUUAUGUGAAGAUGGUUCGCUUUAGCUUGCCCAUAUUCAAUGGGCUCUUCUUGCAUGGGGGCUCACCAAUCAUUCUUGGACGUGGCAUUGAGUUGAAAAAAAACUUGUAUCGGAUCAACGCCGUUCUAUAUUCACCACGUUUCAUGCUUUCUGGAGCUGGUCAAUACUCUAUCGGGUUCGCCAAGGCGACAUCAUUGCUGAAAUUGGUCAUGUAA